AGUUGGGAUAAACCCCGUAAAUUUCAGUAAAAUGUGUUAUGGGUUAACAAAUGGGGCGAUUUAAGUACACACCUCAAUAGUAAACAUGCGCACAAAGCAUAACCAUAAUAAACAAUCAUGUCGGCGGACGAGGAUACUGAACUGAGAGAUCUUGUGGCUCAAACACUUGAGGCAAAUGGUGUACUGGGUAAAAUAAGGGCACAGCUUCGAGCUAGUGUAUUCCUUGCACUGGAGGAACAAGAACAAAGUCAGGGAAAUACCAAUCCUUCGUUGAAACAAUAUUUAAGCACAAAGGAGGGUCAAGCGGUAGCAGGACUUGUCCGAGAAUUCCUGGAAUUUUUCAACUUAGACUACACCUUAGCUGUAUUUGAACCAGAAGCUGGUUUGGGUCCUGACAAUGGAAGCAGGCAGCAGUUAGCCAGGGAGUUAAAUAUUGUGGAGUCAGAUGGUCCCCCUAAAGGACCCCUUCUGGGCGUGGUUGUUUCAGGAAACACAAUAUCUCAAACAAAAAUCUCAGAGGAUCUUACCCCUGCACAAAUUUCAGCAGCAAAACAGAAAUUUAACUAUUAUGAUAAGGAUCACAGUGGUGGUAUAGACAAAAAUGAGUUGAGGGAUCUCUUUAUUGACAUCUGUCCUGGAUUUAAUGUGAAUAUGAUAGAAAGAUAUGUGAACGAAGAAUUCAAAGUAGCAGAUACCGAUUUCAGUAGCUCAAAGUCUGGGGCUUUGCGCAUAGAUUUUGACGAGUUCUUAAAGAUGUACAAGAGACUCUUCAUACAGUGUCGGACGGUCAUCUCUGGAGAUGUGUCAGACCUGGUUAAUUCUCACAAGACAAACGAAAGAAAGGAGUUUGUGGAAGCCAAAAAUCAACGAAAUCUCCAGUCCAGUCUGAAAGAUCAGCGUAAAAAGCCAAACGCCGAGGUGGAUUUACUUGGUGGAAGCGACGUGGAAGAGGAUCCUUUCUUUGAUGAUCCUGUUCCACCUAGUGGAGGAUUGAAAGGAUUAGGAACUAUGGCAGAGACCUCGCUGGACAGUCGCAGGGGCAUGGGUGCCAGGCCAUCCCAAAUCCCAGUGUACUCGCCUCUCCGCAGUGCCAACAGCAGCGUGAGCAGUGACAGCGGGAAAGACGGCAAGCCCUCCUUAAACGGGUCAGGUCAAGGUCACAGUCUCCAGUCCUCUCUCUCAGGUCUCCCUAACCUCACCCCCUCCAAAACACGCAAAUCAUUGGAAAGUGAGGAAGAGAAUUUACGAGCCGUGGAUCGAGGAAUGGCCGACUUAGAUGAUGAUUAUGAGGAUGACUUCCAAAGCUCAGGUCGCAGUUUGACAAAGAGUCCACACACCUUCAGUAAAUCGGAGCAGCGGUCGGAACAGAACGGCAGUAUAGCGGAGGAAAUAGACGAGGAAAUCGAGGACAUCUCCAUUGAAGCUGACGACCUCUUGCGGAGCGAAAGGAGUGGGUUUGAUGAUUUGACAACAGACAGAACAAUUUCCCAACAAGACGGUUUCGACUAUGUGGAGGAUCUUCAGUCACCUCGAUGAAAGAACAUUUGGCAAUGCAACAACACGGGUUGUGAUAUUAAUUUAAAAGACAUAUUUAUCUAGUCUAGGUCCUGAAUUACACACAUUUCAAUUAGUUAACCAUCCCUGUCUGCAAGAGGCUGGAUUCUGUGGGGGAAAAAAGUUGCCAAUGAAUAAUUCAAUGCCGAUUGCGGACAGAGAAAAAUGGAGGUUACAUACAUGAGUUGCCAAACUUAAAUUUCUCGGUGGAACAUGAUGGCAAACUUGCCAUUGAACGAGAUUUCAAAAAAUGGGCAAAACCUUUGUGGUUGUUGCUAUACAUUUUAUUUCCUGCCAUUAAAUCAUCUAGCUUUAACAUAUGGAGUAAUUAAUAAAACAUGUUAGAUUUUUUAAUUUGUUACCAAUUUCAUGUACCCUUCUAAAUUUGGUGUAUGUUUUUUUAGAUAGAACUAACAAAAUGAUUGCAUUAUGUUUUUAUAUUUAAUAUGUUGAAUAUAUAUAUAUAUAUAUAUAUAUAUAUAUUUUCGCAAUAUAGUUUGGGUAUUUUUGUCCUGUAAGUAUAUUAGUUGACGUGAAUGUCGGAUAUGAGAAUGCAUGUAGAUUGAUUAAAAACACAUUCUCUGUAUUUCAAAAUUGUUUUGCCAACCCCCAUCUCUUUAUCUCUCUCUGUUCAUAUAAAUUAUCAUUUCACCAGAGUCUGGCCAGUUUUUAUUCUAAUCGAAGAGGUAACAGAAAUAUUUUUUUUACUUUUCCAUUUAUUUAUAAUUUCCAAUCGGAUAUCCAAGAACUGCCACAAAACAAUGAAACAGAUUGUAGAAGUUUUAACUGCCGACGUUGAUCAAAUGAAUUAUUCGCUUUUCUGAACGACAAAAGGAGUGUACCCAAUCUACUUAUUUUGAUAAAACUCCACGUGGAUAUGAAGUUCAGUGUUUUAAUUAUUACUGCAAUGUUGUCAUGCAUUUGUUAAUUAAGCAAUUUUGUUUUUUGUUAAUUGAUUUCAAACACAUCUUUUUGUUUUACUUUGAUUAUUGUAUUUUAUAUAACAAAAAGUUAGAUCAGUCCAAUAUAAUUUAGUUACAUUUUGAUAUUAUUUGAUAAGUUAUAAACACAUAUUUUAUGUUUUUUUAUAUGGUAAAUUAAUGAAGUCAACCCAAUGUACAUGUACCAGAGGCUGGAAUUGAAAGAAUGUCAGAAAUUUAUAGAAUCAACAGUUAUGUCAUUUUACUCAUAUACAUAUAUACAUAUAUAACAUUGUAGAAAGUAAAAAAUUAGAAUCCAAUACCAUUUUCACUUUACAAUAACCAGCAAUAGUGAUACCCUGUUUCUAUAAAGAUUUAUAUUUUUCAUAACCAAAAAAUCGACAUUUUAGGAUAAUCAAAAUUUUUUUACCUGAAAAAAUAAUUUUUUCCUAGUAAAGGCAUUUAAUAUUUCAUGUGGUUUUAUGGGAAUUAGUUUUUUUUUAUACAAGAACAGAUGAAACCUCUUGUUAAUAAUUUAAUAUUUUAUAGUGUAAUAGACUAUAGAUAUUAGAAAAUGAUAUGUAUACAAGCAUUGUACUCGAAUUUAACUCAUCUGAAACGAAACACAUUCUAUGCAUUAGUAAUUAACCCUCCAAGAUAUAUCAUGUCAAACAUCAGGUUGAUCUGGUACAUGUGAUGCAUAAAUAUUUAAUUAAAGUUUAUUUUAAUAGAA